AUGGCAGCCGCUGCUUACGACGUGGCUGCAUUGACACUCAAAGGUACGUAUGCAGUUCUAAACUUUCCAGACUCUGUUAUUUCAAACAGACUUCCAGAGUGUCCAACGGCGGAUGACAUCCGUGCAGCUGCUGUGAGAGCAGCUGCCGCUCCAGCACCAGGGGGUGGUGGAAGCAUGACGGUGGGCGGUACAAAUACAGCCUCUCCUGGUUCAUAUAUGGACGCUGAACCCAAUCUGUGGUCUGACAUGGCGGAAGGGAAUGCUGGUAAGGCCACCGAGAAUGCAUUCCAGUCCAGUGGAGGCAAUCUAUGGAAUUACUAA